CUCUCAAAAAUCCAAAAGCCAACCAAGUAUUACCUCCAUAACUCACUUUUCCAAGCUGUUCAAACUCUCUCUCUCUCUCUCUCUCUCUCCGUUCGCUCCAAUGGCUUCCUCACUGACCAGGGAACAGUACGUGUACAUGGCGAAGCUGGCGGAGCAGGCCGAGCGGUACGAGGAGAUGGUGGAGUACAUGGAGAAGCUGGUGACAGGCUCGACCCCGGCGGCGGAGCUGAACGUGGAGGAGCGGAACCUGCUGUCCGUGGCGUACAAGAACGUGAUCGGAUCUCUGCGCGCGGCGUGGCGCAUCGUGUCGUCGAUCGAGCAGAAGGAGGAAGGGCGCAAGAACGAGGAGCACGUGGCGCUGGUUAAGGAUUACCGGUCGAGGGUGGAGUCGGAGCUCUCGGAUGUGUGCGCCGGGAUCCUGAAGCUGCUGGACUCGCAUCUGGUGCCGUCGGCAUUGAGCGGCGAGUCCAAGGUGUUCUAUUUGAAAAUGAAGGGCGACUAUCACCGCUAUCUGGCCGAGUUCAAGGUCGGAGAUGAGAGGAAAGCAGCGGCUGAGGAUACUAUGCUCGCUUACAAGGCCGCUCAGGAUAUUGCACUGGCCGAUCUGGCUCCAACACACCCUAUAAGGCUGGGGCUGGCACUCAACUUCUCAGUGUUUUACUAUGAGAUCCUCAAUUCAUCGGAGAAAGCUUGUAGCAUGGCAAAACAGGCCUUCGAGGAAGCCAUUGCUGAGCUGGACACAUUGGGUGAGGACUCAUACAAGGACAGCACUCUCAUCAUGCAAUUACUGAGGGACAACCUCACUCUUUGGACUUCAGAUAUGCAGGAGCAGAUAGAUGAGGCUUAAGCAAUGGAAUGUGUUGUGCUCCUUGAGGGAGGUGGGCUGGAAUGUCAUAAAAAUUAUCUGUAACCUGCAUAAUGCUGACCAAAUGUAUCCUUAUUUGUAUACCAUGUACUCAUGAUGUUUUUUUAUGUCUUACCUCGUUCUUUCUUUUUGUUA